AUGGAAGAUGACAGGAGGAGGGGAAAGAAGGAAGAAGAUAAGGAAGGAGGAGAAGGUGUUAAGUACAGAGGCGUGAGGAGGCGGCCGUGGGGUAAAUUCGCGGCGGAGAUUCGCGACUCCGACAAGCGUGGUGAGCGUGUAUGGCUGGGGACUUUUAAUACUGCAGAGGAGGCAGCACGAGCUUAUGAUCAGGCAGCUUUUCGUAUGAGGGGUUCCUUUGCCAUUCUCAAUUUCCCAGAUGAGUACCCUUCCUACUUACCUCCAGAUGCAACUUCAGUUUCUUCUUCAUCUUCAAUGAAUCAGAACAGAGGGAAGGAAGUCAUAGAAUUUGAGUACUUGGAUGAUAACCUGUUGGAGGAGCUACUUGCUACUGAGGAAGAGAAGGACAAGAAGAACAAGAAGAAGAACAAGAAAGGGUGAGUGAGAUCAUGCUUCUUAUUAAGACUCAUGGAUGAGUUCUCUCUUCUUCCUUUGGUUAGUAAUUUGAAUGUUGAAAUGAAAAGGAUGAUUGACUGAUCAUGAUGAUGAUCAUCCUCUAACAGUUACACUCUAGUGUUAUACUGAUGUAA